AUUUCAAGUAAACGUCAAAUAAGUUAGGUUAGGUUAAUAAACAUUAAUUAAAAAAGAAAUGAAUAAAAACGAUAAACCUUAUUUGGAGUUGUCUCCAAAUCCUGUACGAUUUGAAGCUGUUAAUCAAAUGACUAAUGUAUUUUUCGAUGACUCUAAAAAGCAGGUUUUUGCGGUUCGUUCAAGUGGGGUAAUGGGAGUUGUUGUAAAAGGCCCUAUAGAAACCGAACGUCCCUUAAAUUUCCGUAUGGAAGACCACGGUCCAGUAAUAUCAAUAAAGUUUUCGUUAGACCAAAAAGUACUUGCUGUUCAAAGAACCAUUUGUUCAGUAGAAUUCAUGAACUUUAAUGGGAAUGAUAUUGAAACUGAAUAUUCUCAAACUUGUAAACGUAAUUCGACUGUGUUAGGUUUUGUUUGGUCUCAUGUAAACGAAGUAGCUUUAAUUACUGAUCAUGGUGUUGAACUUUACAUGGUUAUACCAGAAAAACGUAGCUUGAAACAUUUAAAAUCAAUUUCCGCCACUGUUCAAUGGUUCGUGUGGUGCCCUACAAAUAAAAUAGCACUUUUAGCUUCUGCACACGGUUCAAACUUACUUCCAGUUAUUUUUAAACCUGGUUCGGUCAGCAAAUUACCAAAAGUGGAUACUGAAUUGGGUCGUAUGGCUUUAGAAAGAGAUGUAACAAUUGCUACUUUAUACAGAAUACCAUGUGUUUUAAUCGUUAGACAUUAUAGUAGUCCACAGACUGUUGAGGUACAUAUUCACUCAUUAAGUGGACCUGGACAAGCUCCUAUUAAGUCCCACGUUUUAAGAUUGGGAUUACAAGGACGCUUUGCGAUUAAUGUUGUUGAUAAUCUUGUAAUUGUUCAUCAUCAGGCUUCCAAAACGUCUCAAAUUUUUGAUAUUUGCGUUAGUGCUGAAAAUGAUGGUGUUGUUACCUAUCAUAGUGCAGUGGGGCCUUCGUUAUCAAUUAAACCGGCUUAUUUAGAACUACCUGGAUUGGUUGAACCACAAACACACGCUUGUGAAAUGUAUUCGCCAAAUUGGGUUGUUUUUCAACCUAAUAUAGUUAUAGAUGCUAAAUUGGGAUGUUUAUGGUAUAUUAUAUUGAAUUUAGAAGAUUUAUUAAAACAAAUAAGUGAUUUGGCUUUAUGUACACAAGUCGCUUUAAAACGUAAAGGAGCUAAAAGUGUGCUUUUAUCUUUAAUUUUAGAAAAUACAAAAAAAGAUAAACCCCCAAUAAAGAAACUUCGCGAAUCAUUUAAUCAUAUUAAUAAAAUUUAUCGAAAUUGGGUUGAAGAUGAGCUUCAAUUACAAACAGGAGCCCCAGUUGGGACUCCACUUCCCCCAAAAUCUUAUUUGUCACCUUCAGUUUUAAUAGAUCAAGACGAUAUGUUUAGGAAUGUUUUUCAAAAGUUGGAUACAGAGAGUGAAUCACAAAAAUUAGAAUGGGUUUUAGUAGCUUAUUUAACCAGUUUGCAUGAACAUGGAAUUACAUCACAACAUAACUUAAACGAACUUUUAGUAACAACUUUAGUUCGUAGGAAUCGAUUUAGCGCUUUACAACAAAUGUUACAAUAUGGGGUUAUUGGUGAUUCGAAACCCUUGGCUUGUUUAUUGUUAUCUUUGGGAAAUAUGCAUCAAUCAGCUGCACAAUUAGCUUUGGAUAUGUUAUCUAGGCUAGGUGCGUUUGAAGAAAUUCAAGAAAUUUUAUUGAGUCAAAAUCAGGUUAUUGCAGCUUUGAAAUUAUCUCCGGAAAAUUUGAAUUCGCGGAAAUUUUUAGAGGCUGCUGAAGAAUCGAAAGAUCCCGCUUUAUUUCAUAGUGUAUUAUUUUAUUUUAAAUCUAAUCCACAAUUUGCUUCAAUUUGGUUAAAAGAUGAACGUCUUACCCAUUAUGUUCAACAUUAUAAAACGUUAUUUCCAACAUCAAAUUCUUGAAGAAAAAGCCUAUUAUCUGACACAUAAAUUUUAAUUCGUUGUAAUUUUUAAUUUAUUCAAUUUAUAUUUACU